AUGAAUGCCAGUGAAGCAGAGGUGGUUUAUCGCGAGCUGAAGGCAAAAGCUCAUUCGCAAUCCCGUCUCGAAGCCCAUGGAUUCAAAAUGAAAUCAGACUCGAACGUCUCUACCAAAAACGUUCGGCAGAUCGCCACUUUCCAGCAAACCCCCGAAGUCGAGUCCCCAUUUGCCAUGCCCUCACGAGUCGUAGCCCUCGACUGCGAAAUGGUCCAGGUUGCCGGCGGUGCACACGAGCUCGCCUUCCUGGCAGCAAUCGACUUCUUCACUGGCAAGGUCCUUAUCAACAACUACGUCAAGCCCCUGCAUCCAGUGGUGAACUGGCUCACCCCGUGGAGCGGUCUCACGGAGCAAGGCAUGGACUGGGCUAUUGCCAACGGGCUUGCGAUUUAUGGGUGGCAUGCCGCGCGGGAGGUACUGUGGCAGGUCAUCGAUGACAAGACGAUCCUGGUUGGCCAUUCCCUACAAAACGACCUCAAUGUACUUGGCAUCAUCCACAGGCGGGUUGUAGAUUCGGCUCUGAUUACGGCUGAGGCUGUAUGGCCGGAACACCCGCCUAGCAAGCGCUUCCCACGCAUCUGGUCGCUCAAGAAUCUGACCCGAUGGCUACUUGGAUACGACAUUCAGAAUGGGUGGGGCCACAGCGCUCUUGAGGAUGCUUGUGCCUCUAGGAACGUUGUCAGAUGGUGCCUUAGACACCCCGACGGGCUCAGGGCAUGGGCGGAAUGGUCGUUAGCUGAGGAGGAGCGAAAGGCCCAGGCAAUACGUGAGAGGCGGAAGCAGCAGAAAGCAAACGACAAGGCACGUAAAGAGGCGAAGAUGAAGGCUGCGAAGGCCAAGGCCGCGCCGGGGGUGGCAAGGCUCAAUAGGACAAGGGCUCUAGUACCGGAAUCAAUAAGGCUUUUGAUUCCCUACUGA